AUGCAUCAUUGUCGCACACAUUCAUUCGCCAUUGUACACUAUUCUCUCCAACUUUUGCUUUCUUUCUUUCUUUCUUUCUUUCUUUCUUUCUUUCUUUCUAUCAAUCUAUCUAUCUAUCUUAUUGCUUGUCUAUCUAUCCAUGUGAAUCGGUUCAUGAUUUAUCUAUCUUUUUAUCUAUCUUUCUAUCUCAGCCUGUUCAUGAAUUAUCUACCCUCCAUAUAUCUAUCUAUCUAUCUAUCUAUCUAUCUAUCUAUCUAUCUAUCUGAGUCUGUUCAUGAUUUAUCUAUCUUUUUAUCUAUCUUUCUAUCUCAGUCAGUUCAUGAAUUAUCUACCCUCCAUAUAUCUAUCUAUCUAUCUAUCUAUCUAUCUAUCUAUCUGAUUCAUGAAUUAUCUACCCUCCAUAUAUCUAUCUAUCUAUCUAUCUAUCUGAGUCUGUUCAUGAUUUAUCUAUAUUUUUAUCUAUCUUUCUAUCUCAGUCAGUUCAUGAAUUAUCUACCCUCCAUAUAUCUAUCUAUCUAUCUAUCUAUCUAUCUGAGUCUGUUCAUGAUUUAUCUAUAUUUUUAUCUAUCUUUCUAUCUCAGUCUGUUCAUGAAUUAUCUACCCUCCAUAUAUCUAUCUAUCUAUCUAUGUGAGUCUGUUCAUGAUUUAUCUAUAUUUUUAUCUAUCUUUCUAUCUCAGUCUGUUCAUGAAUUAUCUACCCUCCAUAUAUCUAUCUAUCUAUCUAUCUAUCUAUCUGAGUCUGUUCAUGAUUUAUCUAUAUUUUUAUCUAUCUUUCUAUCUCAGUCUGUUCAUGAUCUACCUAUAUAUCUAUCUAUCUUAUUCCGUAUCUAUCUAUCCAGCUGA